UCGGUCUCCGUCCUCCGUCCGGGGCUCGGCAGCAGGGUGCGUUGCGCCGGAGGGAGGCAGGCGGAGCGGCGACGGCGGGCGAGGCUGCGUCUGAAGGAAGGAAGGAAGGAAGGACGGGAGCAAGCUGGGCCUUUGCCAUUCACCUGACCACAGGGCCUCGGGGGCCGAUGGGCGGCCAUGUCGGCCACUAACAACGUCGCCCAGGCCCGGAAGCUGGUGGAGCAGCUGCGCAUCGAGGCCGGGAUCGAGCGCAUCAAGGUCUCCAAGGCCUCCUCGGAGCUGAUGAGCUUCUGUGAGCAGCAGUCGCGCUCGGACCCGCUCCUGGUGGGGCUCCCGGCCUCCGAGAACCCCUUCAAGGACAAGAAGCCCUGCAACAUCCUAUAGCCGGACCACUUCCUCUUCCUCUUCCGGGAAUGGCGGGGGGACGCAGGCCUCGUGGGACCCCUCCCUCCCCUUUGGCAUUUCCGCUUCCUCCCCUUGGCCCUUGAGAAGGAAUGGAAGCCCUAGUUUCCGGGACAGGCCUCUUUAAGAAGGCCACGCCUCUUUGUGGGUAAGCCCCGCCCUCUUGUACAUAAGCCCCCCCCCUUUGUGUAUUUCCCAGCCCCGGCUUUGGGGUCAUUUGUGGGUCGCCUUUUGUGCCAGAAUACAUUGAAGUCCCGCCACUUCUUGAAGCCCCGCCCCCAGAUAGUGCCAAACUCCUCCCCCUUAAAGGGAAAACGCCCCAUUACACUCCGCCCCCUUGUAGCUAAGCCCCACCCCCUUUGUGCAUUCCUUCUCUAGUGCCAGUUGGAGUCUCACAGGGAGGCCCCGCCCCCUUCUUGAAGCCACGCCCAAAAACAGUGCCAAACCCCGCCUCCUUAAAGGGGACACACACCCCAAUUGCACCCUGGCCUUGACCUUCAAUUCAGAACACUGUAUUUUAUUUUCUGAUGGACGAACAAAUGAAUGAACGUGUGUUUGGAUUCUCACAGUUUCUUUCCCCUUCGUUUACUAUAUGUAUACAUUUAUAUAUAAAUAUACUUUCCCCAUUCAAUGUGCCAUAAAUACGUGUUUUAAUAUAUUUGUGGAGUCGCUGUGUUAAAAGGAUCAGGAUUGGAAGGAAAUUGGAUGAUGCAUCAAUAAAGCCGGUCAAUUAUACAAA